GCGGGGCGGCCCGGGCCGGGGACACGCGCCGGUAGCCCGGGCGCCGCAGCGGCCGCAGGAUGGCCGAGGCUAUCAGCUGCAGUCUGAACUGCAGUUGCCAAAGCUUCAAACCGGGAAAGAUAAACCACCGUCAGUGUGAGCAGUGCAGACAUGGAUGGGUGGCCCACGCCCUGAGCAAGCUGAGGAUCCCCGCCGUGUAUCCCACAAGCCAGGUGGAGAUUGUCCAGUCCAACGUGGUGUUUGAUAUCAGCAGCCUCAUGCUCUACGGGACCCAGGCCAUCCCUGUUCGCCUGAAAAUCCUAUUGGACCGGCUCUUCAGUGUAUUGAAGCAAGAUGAGGUCCUCCAGAUCCUCCAUGCCUUGGACUGGACCCUGCAGGAUUAUAUCCGGGGAUAUGUGCUGCAGGAUGCAUCGGGAAAGGUGCUAGAUCACUGGAGCAUCAUGACCAGUGAGGAAGAGGUGGCCACCCUGCAGCAGUUCCUUCGUUUUGGAGAGACCAAGUCCAUAGUUGAGCUCAUGGCAAUCCAAGAGAAAGAGGAGCAGUCCAUCAUCAUCCCACCGGCCACAGCGAACGUGGACAUCAGGUCUUUCAUCGAGAGCUGCAGCCACAGGAGUGCCAGCCUCCCUACUCCUGUGGACAAGGGCACCCCCGGCAGCCUGCACCCCUUUGAGAACCUCAUAAACAACAUGACUUUCAUGCUGCCUUUCCAGUUCUUCAAUCCCAUGCCUCCCACGCUGAUAGGAUCGCUGCCUGAGCAAUAUGUGCUGGAGCAGGCGCAGGACCAAAGUCAGGACCCCAAACAGGAAAUCCAUGGCCCUUUCCCCAGCAGCAGCUUCUUAACUUCCAGCUCCACCUCAUUUCAGACUGAAAAGGAGCCAUGUCUAAACUGUCCAGACACGAUUACUAAAAAGGAAGACAGCUCCCACUUAAGUGACUCCAGCUCAUACAACAUCGUCACCAAGCUUGAGAGGACACAGUUGUCCCCCGAGGCCAAGGUGAAGUCAGAGAGGAACAGCCUGGGUCCAAAGAAGGGCCGAGUAUUCUGCACGGCGUGUGAGAAGACCUUCUAUGACAAGGGCACGCUCAAGAUCCACUACAACGCUGUCCACCUGAAGAUCAAGCACAAGUGCACCAUCGAGGGGUGCAACAUGGUGUUCAGCUCUCUGCGGAGCCGGAACCGCCACAGCGCCAACCCCAACCCGCGGCUGCACAUGCCCAUGAACAGAAACAGCAGGGACAAGGAUCUCAGGAACAGCCUGACCCUGGCUGCCUCGGACAGCUACGAGCGCCCCGGCUUCGCGGUGACCUCUCCGGACUGCAGGCCUCUGCCAGGCUACGCUGCUCCGGGGGACGGUGCCACCGGGGGCCAGCCAGCCUUCCCGAGCAUCGGCCAAAAUGGAGUACUGUUCCCCAACCUGAAGACCGUGCAGCCGGUCCUUCCUUUCUACCGCAGUCCAGCCACUCCGGCCGAGCUAGCCAACACCCCCGGGGGGCUGCCUUCUCUCCCUCUCUUGUCCUCUUCAAUCCCAGAACAGCUGGUUUCCAGCGAAGGGCCAUUUGAGGCCCUUCCCAAGAAGAAAUCCCGCAAGUCCAGCAUGCCCAUCAAAAUCGAGAAGGAGACCGUGGGAAUAAUUAACGACAAGAGGCAUGCUCUCAGCUCAGAUGAGGAUGUGCCCCUGCAGGUGGCCAGCGAAGACGAGCCGGAGGCCUGCAGUCCUCGGUCAGACAGGCCACCCGAGGAGCGGCACGCACAGGCAGGAGGCCCCGGGAGACCCCUCCCGGCAGGGGACAGGGUCUGCCGCCUAGAAUCAGGGAUCGAGUUGAGCAGAGCCAUCUGCAGGACCCCUGAGCAGGCCACGCAGCACUCAGAGAGGGAGGCUGAGCAGAAGGCAGCAGUGACCGCAGUGCCCAGGGAGAUCGAGAGUGGUGGCCGUGAGCUUCAGCUCACACCUGGGCCAGAGCCAUGUGUCCCCUUUCCUGACUACAUCAAACUUCAGCAGCGCCUGCUGGCCGGUGGGCUCCUCAGUGCUCUGUCCAACAGAGGGAUGGCUUUUCCUUGUUUCGAUGAUUCUCAAGGGCUGGACCACAUGGGUCAGCACACGUUGGGAAGGCAGAAGGAAGAGAAUCGCUUCCAGUGUGACAUCUGUAAGAAGACAUUUAAGAACGCUUGCGGUGUGAAAAUGCACCACAAGAACAUGCAUGCCAAAGAAACGCACGUGUGCACGGUGGAGGGCUGUAAAGCCACCUUCCCUUCUCGCAGGAGCAGAGACAGACACAGUUCAAACCUAAACCUCCACCAAAAAGUGUUGACCCAAGAAGCACUGGAGAGCACCGAAGACCAUUUCCGUGCAGCUUACCUUCUGAAAGAUGUGGCAAAGGAGACCUACCCGGAUGUGGCUUUCACUCAGCAAGCCUCCCAGACAUCUGUCAUCUUCAAGGGAACGAGUCGGAUGGGCAGUCUGGUUUACCCAAUCGCCCAGGUCCACAGCGCCGGCCUGGAGAACUACAACUCUGGUCCGCCAAGUGAGGGCACCAUCUUGGAUCUGAGCACUACCUCAAGUGUGAAGUCAGAGAGCAGCAGCCACUCCUCUUGGGACUCAGACGGGGCGAGUGAGGAGGGCACCGUGCUCAUGGAGGACAGUGAUGGGAACUGUGAUGGGCAGAGCUUUGUCCCCGGGGAAGAUGAGUACCCCAUCUGUGUCCUCAUGGAGAAGGCUGACCAGAGCCUUGCCAGCUUGCCUUCUGGAUUACCCAUAACGUGUCACCUCUGCCAAAAGACGUACAGUAAUAAAGGGACCUUCAGGGCUCACUACAAAACUGUGCAUCUCCGCCAGCUUCACAAAUGCAAAGUUCCGGGCUGCAACACCAUGUUCUCAUCCGUUCGCAGUCGAAACAGACACAGCCAGAAUCCCAACCUGCACAAAAGCCUGGCCUCCUCUCCCAGUCAUCUACAGUAAUAUGAUGGUGGCCCAAGCACACUAGGAUAAGUGUUCACCACAGUUCAGGAAUAGUCCAAAGAAAGGUCUCUAAUUUUGUUCAUUAGCACCCUUGAGGCAAGCCAGGCAAAACAUCUUUGGGUUAACUUGAUAGUCUCGUGUGGCAAGGUUGAGCAGAAGACAAGCCUUGUUGGAAGUCAACUUUGGGGCAGUCCUUCCUAUUAUUUUUCUUAGUCUAAGGGGUUUUUUCCCCUGACAUAACAAAAACUCACAGAAACACGGUUUUUCCCACAUUUGUUUACACAUUCCCUGGAAUUGUUCCGGGGCUGCAGAUGGACGAUGGGGCCCAGGACCUUGGGGCAGCUUGACGUAGGCCUGCAGUGUGAAGGGUCAGGGGAGCGCCCUGGAGAAGCAGACUGCCAGCACGGGUGAGGAGCCAGUCCCAAAUAUCACAUUUUUCAAUUCCUGCUUUUAAUGAGUCUGAAAUCCAGACUCGGGUUUGGGAAAGUGACUUUUUGAGACUGUUUUGCCUCUGUGGAGUGGAGAAUUGCUUUUAUUUUUUUUUUCCCCCUUCAGAGGUCUGGUGGACCUCUAGGAGUUCCCAGAAGAAGCAGGUGGGCUUCCAGCACAUAGGAACCAGGAUGUUACCAAUGCUGUCUGUUCCCGCUGGGUAGCGGGAGAGAUUUCAUGCACUUAAACAUAGCAGUCUUCAAUUUAAUUUAAAAUAGUUUUGAUAAUAUUUAAUUUGUGUUUGUUACAUGAGUAGUUGGGGUGAGUGCAGAUGUGUCACAGUGUGACCUCUGGGUCUCUGCUGGAGAGCAGAUCAAGGGUCAGCCUGAACUUCAGAACGCUGUCUAUGUCCAUUCAGUGAACCUCAGAGUCUGGUCAUUUCAGUCCCCUGUGGUUGGAGUGCAGGCGUGAUCGUGGCAGGACAUUUGUAAAUACUCGGCUGAAGCAUCUAGAGAAUGUGGCUCUGACCGUCGGGUAUCUUCAGAAUCACUGGGUCCCUCAGUCCUCAUCCUUUUAUACACGUGUAAGGUUAGGAUAAACUUUCCAAGUUACACGAUAGAAGAAUAAUAGGGCGUUACUGCUAUACUGUACGUCUUAAUAUUUAACUUAUUCUGAAAUGUACCCCACACCAUUGUACACAUUUGCUGUUUGUAGAAAGGAAGUUUCAUCGGUCCUGUAAAAAGAGACCAUCUCUUGAAAUUUGGCAUUUAUGGUACUCGGAAAGCCUGUGGCAGGGAGAGAGAAAUUGGCUUUGUAUUAAGACUUCAGGUUCACCUUCUUUUAAACUUACAGUUAAAGUAAUGAAAAACACCCUCAAAGAGAAUCGGAGGUUAUAUGAGAGAGAUUAUCCUCCGCAAAUGCUGACAACCUGUUGUGGAUUGUUUCAACAUUUUUUAAAAAAUAAAUGUGACAACCCUUGGUCUCUGCUUAAAGUGAGAUGUAUCUUUCCACUGUUUUGUUACUCAGCUGUUUAUUAUUCCAGUUUCCCCCAAAGUAGCACAAUUUGUAUACAAAUGAGUUUUCUAUGACUUAAUAAAAAUGUAUGCCACACGUUUUUGUUUAAAAAGGCAAA